AUGCUCGAGUCGCAGGCGAGGGAGAAUGCUCGCUUGGCUGAGGUGAGGAAGCUGCAGCAGGUGGCGGACGCGGAGGCCGGCGACCCUUCGGGGUCCGAGUGCGGCAGCGACGACGAGGGGGCGGACGAUGGCGACGACAAGAGCUUCUCUGCGAACGAGUCGGACUCCGAUGAGGACGGCAUGGAUGCGGGAAAGCGCCCGAAGGCCAGCAACUACAAGAGCUCGACGCCCCCUCCGAAGAAGUUCAAGACUACGAAGCCCGACGAGAAGACUGCGCAGCAUGCGAAGGAGCUCCACCGUCCACUGAGUGACCAGUUGAAAGACUUCCUCAAUGGCAAGUGGGCGAUCAUCCAGGCCCGCCCUCCGGGGCAGCUGCUGAAGGACGCCCGGGCGCACGUCAACUCGGCGAACAAGAUCCUCAAGGCCAAGGGGGCCUCCACCGUGGGGGCGGCGAUCAACGCGCUGGCGGAGAUCGCCGAGACGAUGACGUGCGUCUGCAGCUUCGAGAAGGGGUGGUCCAAGUUCGGCAGCCUAGAUUUUGCGGCAGCCCACCGCAAGUACGAGCUGCUCAAGACAGGGCUGAAACAAGGGAAGGCACCCAACUACAUUUUGAAGGUCGCGUCGGGCAAGGCCGUGAGCAUCGCCAAUAGCUUGGGCGAGCAGCUGGAUCUGAUCGACGAAUCGAACACGAACGGCGCCAGCAUGCUCCCA